AUGAUGGCUCAGAUCCUGGAGCCAGACAUUGCUGAGAGGAAUGAUGAGGUCCCAAAGGAGAUCCGCGUGCACAUGCUCUGGGUCCAGGAGCUGCAGGCCUGGACUGCACCAGCUGUGUCUGGUCAGGGUGGGUCCAGACUGGCGGAGGCGGCGUCCCGGGACGGCGCGGACCCCACGGGCUGCUGCCCCGGCCGCUGCGCGCUCAUCUUCCUCUGCACUUUCCAGCUGGUCACUGCCUUGGAGCGGCAGGUAUUCGACUUUCUGGGCUAUCAGUGGGCACCCAUUCUGGCCACCUUCGUCCACAUCGUCAUGGUCAUCCUGGAGCUCUUGGGCACCAUCCAGUACUGGCCUUGCUACAUUGUGGUGUAUGCCCUGGGGGUGGCCAUCUGGGUCACCUGGAAUGUCUUCAUUAUCUGCUUCUACCUGGAAGUGGGGGGACUCUCAAAGGACAGCGAGCUCCUGACUUUCAGCCUCUCCCGGCACUGGCCCUGGUGGUGUGAGCACGGCCCGGGCUGCCUGCGUGAGGAGCCAGAAGCUGGCCUGGGGCCCCCGGAUGGACCGGCCUUGGGGCCAGGCGUUGGCUGUGUGGAGCAUGGCUAUGCCGAAGCCCUGCACGGUGCCCUGCAGAUCCUAUUGGUGCUCGUGGGCUUCGUCUAUGACUGCUACAUGGUCAGCAUUUUCACCGAGGAGGAGGACAGCUUUGAUUUCACUGGUGGAUCUGACCCAUUUCCUCUCCACCAUGUCAAUGAAAAGCCUUCCGACCUCUUGUUCAAGCAGGUGUACUUGUAUGUCUGGCCAGCAGAGCCUGCCCCUGGCUGGGCCUAG